AGAGUAUUACUGGGCCAACUACGCCACGGGUCUAGGCGCGUCUCUACAUGAACUGGGUCACACGUUUGACCUGGCUCACACACCCUCUGGCAUCAUGGCACGAGGUUUUGAUGACCUGCAUAAGGUUUUUACUGUACAACGUAGACGUAAGGGCCGGCACCACCACAGGUCUGACAGGCAGCGCCAGAGGUACAACAGUGGUGGCAGCAGCAACUCCGAGGUGUCACGCACACCAUCCACCAGCAGCAUUGAUGACACCUCACCUUCUUUAGGCAGUAGCUAUGAUAGUGCUAAUGGUGCCAUGAGUGCAAUCAGUGCCGCCCUCAAGAGACAGACAGAUAUAUGUUAUGGCAGCCCCAAUAAGCAGGCACUAACACCUAGUGAUAGAAUCUACACCCCUCCUGCCCCUCUUGUGGUCAGCAUUGAGUCGGGAUUCAGGCAGAUUGCCGCUCCAACGACCAUGACCUUCUCUGUAAAAAACUACGAUGGCAGCGAGACUCGGCAGACCAUCGUGGAAGGGGAGACUAUCCGCUCAACCGUGGUGCGAGAAGGGAGUUCUACCAAGAUGACUGGGGACCGCAGGCCCUCGUCGGUGUCCUUGACCUCUGUGGGCUCGUCCUCCUCCCUGUCCCCCACCUCUCCCGGCCCCUCCACACUACCCAACUCCCCAGAGGACCCACCCUCCACCUCUGACCUCACCAUAACCUCAGAGGUCAACUUUGUGGAUGCAGGAGCCCACUGGUAUCGCUCGUCUGCUGUUGUCCUGCGCUUUCAUAAAUGGUUCAAUAAAUGUGAUCCCAGUGACUGCCGGAAAAACCCCACUUUACAAGGAGCACGAAUCAAAUCACCAGUAGGGAUACGUAUAGUUGAGCUGCGCACGGACCCGGAAGGUUCUGUCUUCCAUCACUGGGAAUUCCUGAAUCAGGCGCCGCCUACAGAAUUUGUCCUGCACAGAUCAAAAGUUUCCAACCUCCCCGCUGAUGUCCCCACCAUCACCAUCUUGGCCGAGGAUAGUUUUGGAAAUAUUUUAAAGAAAAGGUUCAAAGUUGAAGAUUUUGCAUGAACCAGGUUAAAGUCUGUUUAGCUCUUGCGUGAGCUAAAGCUGAGUUUGUUCAGCUCUUGCAUGAGCUAGGUCAAAGCUAAAUCUCAGUUUAUUUAACUCUUGAGUUUUUUUACUGUACUAAAUAAUUUAUCCUGUACCUCUACUAAUUUUAUUAUUUAUAUCUCUAUUUAAUUUAUACCCAAGCAUUUGUCAAAUAUAUAAAGUAUGUGGAAUAAAUAAUAUUUUAAAUAAUAUAGGGCAAACAUAUUUUUGCUUAAAUGUUCUUAAAAUGGACAACUGUUCUAUAAUUAGAUUAGAAUGUUAUAGAAGUAGAUCAGAAUGUCCUUCUUAACUACCUCAAAAAUUCCUAUCAUAUUAGGCUGUUUAUUUUCAACUGCUAAAAGUGACAUUUCCCUUCUAACAAACAGGUUAUUUUACUUCCCAUAAUAAGUUAAUUAACCAUGAUGUAGGCCUAGAAUCUCUGGAUGAACUGUCCGGCCACAAAUAUCUAGUCAGUUAAAAUGCAUUUGUGCAUCAAAACCAUUUUUCUAGAUCUCAGGUCAUUUACAAAUGCAUCUCAUGCCUGAUUGGCCAAAUGAUAUUAUCACAACAAUGCAGCUUCAUUUGUUUUCAAAUCAGUAAAAAAUCACCCUGGCAACAUACAUUUCAUUUUGACUGGUUACAUAAUUAAUUGUAUUUUUAAAAAAAUGCUAUUAAAGAGCCUUUAAUUUUGUUUAAAAAUAACUUAAUAAUUCAAAUAAUUCUCAAAAAUUAUUAUUAUACAUAUUUUUGGUAUCAAGUACUUAUAUAAUGUAAAUUAAUACCUAUUAUUUUACUGAGCCAUUCUUUGGCUGAUCAAUUUUUCUACAUAAAAACUUUUUCAUUCAUAUCCUACCAAUGAGGUCAAUAUAAAUAUCAUUACAUUUAAGAUAAAAAAAAAAGAACCCAGAAUUAAUCAAAAGAUCUUUCUUUUUUCCCUUAAACUAUAAACACAUCAUAUUUUAUUAUAUUCACAGAUUUUUAAAAUGUACAUUUUGUCCAGAUUUACUAAAUCAAACUUUGAACUAAAAUAUUUCAUGUCAGGAUUUACUAAAUCAAACUUUGUUAGUAUCAUUGAACCACACAUAGAUUGUUAUUCUAAUACUUACUGUGUUGAUCAUAACUUUUUGUGUACUUGUAGUUGUAAUAAGAAUGAUAUUUAGGUAAACAUUGGUAGCUUCCCUUUCUAUGAAUUUACUGUCAGAAGUGCAGAUAGAUUAUUUCUACCACCAACAAAUCUAGCAUGCACAUAGGUGACACAUUUCUAUGUGGUAAAAUAUUUUCUUUAACAAGCAGACAAACCACAGAUCUGGUACAAAUCUUUUAAACCGUUCACAUACACAAGUCUGCUUCAUUAUCUACUGUUUGUUUUGUCCAGAAGUCCUUUUUAAAAAAUUCAAGGCAAUCUGCAUGAAUUAACUGCUCAUUUGAUUUCAUAUUGCCAGUCAAAUUCUAAAUUAACAAACGUGUUGUGUGUGAAGCAUUAGCUAAAUAUGUUUUGUUGAUACAUUAGUUUAAAAAAAGAAUUCACACCUGAAGUAUAGAAGCAGUUUCAUUAUACUUUACAUACUUGAGUUCAUCUGGUCUGGGCGCAGCAACUUUAUAUUGCUAAUAUAAAUUUAUAUUAAUAGAUGUAUAUCCAUAUAUUUAUAGAGAAGAUAUUCCCAGUGUUUUUGUCAGUGUUAACAGAUGUAUGUAUUUUACUCUCAUGGACAGGUGUGUGUGUUAAUUAUCUCUACACCUGUCUUUGGUGCCAUGUGGUUGGGUUGUGGAAAGGUAGCUUCUCCCGUUUCUCACUGUGAUGGUUCGAUGUGAUCUCAGCUUUGUCCCUUGACAAAAUGCUUUUUUUUUCUUAAAGACUAAAAAAUGUCUCGGCUUGUUUUCAUGACUUUACAUUUAACUUAACGUUAAUCUCUUUUUGUUUUAACAACAAGAACUCCUUGCGACUUUAAACUUAGUUUAAAUGUUAACCACAUUUUUAAAAACAAACUUGCCAUAGAAAUCUGGCGAGUUGCCAACAAGGCUUCUGUAAGCCAAUUUUUUCUAAGCUCAAACAAAUGGAAAACUAUGAAACCUUGCCGUUGAAAUCUGGUCUAUUAAUAUUGACAGUGAACAUAUUUUUAAGUAACAAGUGUUGUGAUAAGCAUGAAUAUUAUACAAGUUCUGGUCCCUUAAUCUGCUUGUUGGCAUUUUAUUGUAACAUUUACCUGGCCUAUCUGCACAUUUUGCUCAUUUGACUGCAAAGAAAAUGCUCACACAUUUUUGUUUUAUUUUUAAAAGUUCUUAGCAAAUGAUUGUGGUGUGUGAUAUGUUGUUAGAACUUAAGAUCUGUGUUGUAUGGUUUCUGGUUCCUAUGUCAUUAACUGCCAGUGUACAAUUUAAGGUUUUAAUUAGUCAAGCUAAUGAUAAAAUACUUGAUAUGUCUUGUACUACAUGAUCUGUAGUAGCUUGGUUUUAAUUUUCUAAUCCUUAAAAAUUAAUAAUAUGAUAUCUUGCAUCUUUAAUAAUACCAACCAUAGAACAAUCUAAUUUAAAAAUAAUCAAUAAGAAUAAUUUAUAAAUAGAAAAAUCCUAGAACCUCUCCUCAUGUAUUAAUGUUUCAUAGUGGUUGAGGAAAGGUGGGAGGGGUGGUCACAUUAGAUCAAAGACUUAGGUAGGUUUUAUCUUUACUUCUUGUACAAAUUGGACUAAAUGGCUUGUGAACCUAAUUGGCAGCAUCUGCUUGGAUUGUGAUAAAUACAUGUCUUAGCUUUAGUUCUGUCUUUUUGUUUUGUUGAUAGGCAGCAAAGCUCAUUUCAUCAUGUGGUUGUGGUAAAGCUUAAGGUCUGCUACAAUAGCACAGUGUCAUACCAUUGUUACUUACGCCAAAGAUGAGCUGUAUUUGUUAGGGGAUUAGCAAUCAGAAGAAAUUACAUUUUUAUAACUGAAUUCUGUCACGGAUACUAAAAAUAUUGGUCAGCAACCAACACAAUUUUUUUCAAUUUUAUCUAUUGUGAUAUUUUUUGUAAUGAGAUCUGUUUGAAUGGAAUAUUUUAUCUCUAAACUACGAAAUUCUUCUAAAAAAAAACAAAUAAUUUGUACGGUUACUUAAAGAUUGUAUUGGUCCUUUAUCUGUGUAGAAGACUUGAUAGUUGGUUAGCCAAACAAUUGUAUGUUCAUGAUAU